AUGAACGCUCGCAAUCAGUUCAACUUCCCGGAUGAAGAGGACCAGUAUUGGAAUGAGAACGGAUCGACGAACUCUUCGUUUUUCGAUGAUCGACGACCGAACGAGCUGCUCGCGAAGCAUGAGUUGACGAGAAUGGCCAUGGAUAAUCUAUUCGAAGAUGUGAGGACACCAUGUGAGCCGUCGACCAGCAAACAGCCACCACCACCGCUUCAAUCAAUGCAAACAACUCCCACUUGGAAAAACAAUGUUGUUUUUACUGCUGGAGCGACCAAAUCAGCUACCACGACACCAUUGAAAAUGGAGGCGCCAAGACUUCCGCCGAAAGCUCCAUUUCCUGAUAUUGGAUUGAAACCAGCGGCUUCGGUUGUAUCAAUUGCUCCAUCGGAAUGCAGCGUUUCGUCGUUUCCUUCUGACGCACAGCAACAGGGAAAUCGACUACAA